GCCCCCACUUACCCACUUUGUCCUUCCCGUACAUGUGCCCGGCCACCUGAUGCGAGAGGGGCACGCAGCCGUUGAGGAAGCGGAGCGUGCCGCCCGCCGGUUUCGGGUGCUCUCGGAGUCCGCCUCGCUCGCCGCACAGGUUCCAAGGUCCUCAACAGCUGGGUCAAAGGCAGAAGAAAGGGACGUGCACCGGGAGCGAGGAGAGAUUCCGGAAUGGGGCUCAGCACUUGAUUUCUGUGUCUGCCACUGGCAUUCUGUAAGAAAGGUCGACUCGGCCUCGCAGGUACCGGUCUGGACAAGAAAUUUUUAGCUGUCAAAACCGGACCGCGGACUUCCUGGAGGCCCCGGACGCCGCUCUGCGCAUGCUCAGCAGCAGCCGGGGUGGAGAAUACGCACGUGCUUACGGACUGCCGCGGCGCCUGCGCGGUAGCCGCGGUCGCUGCCCGGAGUCGGUGCCCUUAGGACGCCUUUCGCACCUUGACUCGGCCUGUCCGCGCUAGCCGGUUGGGGUUCAGUGUCCGGUGCACACGCCCUGCAAGCGACGGCGCCAUGAGCCUAUCUUCCAACGUACGAGUUGAAUGGAUCGCAGCAGUUACCAUUGCUGCUGGAACAGCUGCAAUUGGUUAUCUAGCUUACAAAAAAUUUUAUGUUAAAGAUCAUCGCAACAAAAACAUGGUUAACCUCCACAUUCAGAAAGAUGACCCCAAGGUCGUACAUGCUUUUGACAUGGAGGAUUUGGGAGAUAAAGCUGUGUACUGCCGUUGUUGGAGGUCCAAAAAGUUCCCGUUCUGCGAUGGAGCUCACACAAAACACAACGAAGAGACUGGAGAUAAUGUGGGACCUCUGAUCAUUAAGAGAAAAGAAACCUAGAUCGACAGUUUCCAUGCUGCAAACCAAGUCAUCCUGAUUGUUUAAUUAGAAUGACUGCCACUUUAGUCUAAUUCACCUUCUCUGGGUUCUAGAUGUGGUAUAUUACAAACCGCAGCUUUCAUAUUCAUGUCAUUUGCCUUACUUGUUGAACCAUCGUGGUGCACGUUUGUUUAAACAAAGGAAAAAGUGAAACUGACCUCAUGGCCUGUGGGUUAUUUUGGUUUUGUAAGGAUCCGUUUCUUUGCAUUUAAUAUAAUCACAUUAGAAUGUAGUUGUAUGUUCAAGUUAACAUUAAAUUAUUCUCAAAAUCGUG